AUGACGACGGCCGGCCUAACUGCAGUCGUCCUCGGGGCGACAGGCGCUGUGGGCGAGGCUCUUGUUAAUCAGCUAGUUGUGCACCCCAAAUUUAAAAAAGUCGUCACCGUCGGCCGUCGAACACUUGAUAUUGUCACGGCUGAGUCAGAGCGAACAGCAGAGCUAGUACAGGCUAAGGUUAACAUGGAUGCGCUUGAGGUAGAAGCCAAGCAAGCAUUUACAGGUGCUGAUGUAGUGUUCUGCGCGCUGGGCACAACACGCAAGACGGCUGGGAGUGCGGAGGCCUUCAAGAAGGUCGACCACGACUACGUGGCUGCAUCCGCACGCCUGGCCAAGGAGACGGGCGUCCCGCACUUCUCACUCGUUUCCGCGCAAGGCGCGAACCACAAGUGUCCCGCCAAUGACUUGGCGCUUUUCCACGCAUUGCUCUACACCAAGACUAAGGGAAUGGUGGGGGUGAUUCGGCGGGCGGCUCUUAAGUGUUGUCGCGUGCCUUUGUUCCUGCUUAUCGUGUGCCGUCUCACCGUGCUCUGCGACCCCGCCGCUUGGCUAGGCCCCCGUGGUAUAGGGAAGGCACCCCUUUGGCUGCUAGACCGAGGUGAUAAGACCCGAGGCGCGGAGAAGAUGGCCCUCAACUUCAUGUCAUCCAUACACGUCAAGGACGUGGCGCGCCUCAUGAUCUUGGACGCGCUUCGAGACCCGUCCACCGCUCAGGCAGUCAUGCGCUUCGAGAUGGCCGAUCUGCAGAAGGUGGCCAAGACGAUCGACCAGCCGCCCGCGCCCGCCAAGUGA